AGACAGAGACAGAGCAGGGACUGUAGCAGGAGGCUGUGACAUUGCAAACCAGGAGUGGACUGGGAGGUUUCCUACUGGAAUGUUACCCUACUCCAGCUGAUCAGGGGGGUUGGGGGCUUAACCUCCCUCCCUCCUUCCUCUUACCCCCCUCCCUCAGUAUUUCUCACUGAUAAAUGAGAACAAAAGCCGCCCCAUGUAGAUGCAGUUACUUCCGGGUGUGAGUGUGGCUGGAGGAGUAGUUGUAACUUUGCCCUGUCUGUCUGUGUGUGUGUGUGUGUCUCCCCCCAUGGUGUGUUGCUGCUUGCUGAAUGCUGGCCCCUCUCUGCCUCCCCCUUCCCAUGCCCCUUGGACAGACCACACAGCUGGUGUAUUUGCCCCCCAGGCUGUGCUCCUGACACACUCUCUCUCUCUCUCUCUCUGUCACUCUGUGUGUGUGUGUGUGUGUGCUGGCUGAAGAGGUGACCGGCGCCCAGCGCCCAGCCAGCGCUCACCCUCCUCCCCGCUGAUGGAGCCGGACCCGGGCGGGGACGGGGUGCCAGCCGAGCCCGAGGAAUCCUCCGCGUCCGGAUCGUCUUCCUCGGAGCUGCCCGCCUCCUCCGAGCACUCCGAGGCUCCGCUCUCUCCACGCCAACAUCAUCACCACCCCCACCACCAUCACCACCAUCCGCACAAAACCUUCACCGGCCUCAAGCUUUUCGGCAGAAGAAAAGCCAUUGCUAAAUCUGGGCUUCAACAUCUGGUUGCUCAACCAAACCCAAACAUUGCACUUCGACAGGAUUCAGAUCGUGAAGUACGCAGCACGGUGGAUUGGACGGAGAAUGCACAGUACGGAGAGCACAUCUGGUUUGAGACCAAUGUUUCUGGAGAUUUCUGUUACGCAGGAGAGCAAAAUUGUGUGGCAAAAUUGCUGCAGAAGUCAGUGUCACGGAAGAAAUGUGCUGCCUGUAAGAUUGUGGUCCACACACCCUGCAUUGAGCUUCUAGAGAAAAUAAGUUUUAGAUGUAAACCAACAUUCCGGGAGUCUGGGUCACGUAACAUUAGAGAGCCCACAUUUGUCCGGCACCAUUGGGUUCAUCGGAGGCGGCAAGAGGGCAAGUGCAAGCAGUGCGGCAAGGGUUUUCAGCAAAAGUUUGCUUUUCACAGCAAGGAGAUUGUUGCGAUCAGCUGCUCCUGGUGUAAGCAGGCAUAUCACAACAAGGUAACCUGUUUCAUGCUGCAACACAUUGAGGAGCCCUGUACGCUGGGUGCUCAUGCUGCUGUCAUUGUUCCACCAACGUGGAUCAUUCGGGUGAGACGGGCACAGAAUUCACUGAAGUCAAGCAAAAAGAAAAAGCGGACAUCAUUUAAAAGGAAAUCGAGCAAGAAAGGAGCCGAGGAAGGAAGAUGGAGGCCCUUUAUCAUAAAGCCCAUCCCAUCCUCAUUGAUGAAACCACUGCUGGUGUUUGUCAAUCCCAAGAGUGGAGGAAAUCAGGGGGCCAAGAUUAUCCAGUCAUUCAUGUGGUAUCUGAACCCAAGACAAGUGUUUGAUAUGUGCCAAGGAGGUCCCAAGGAGGCGUUAGAGCUCUACCGGAAAGUCCAGAACUUAAGGAUCCUGGCCUGUGGAGGUGAUGGCACAGUAGGAUGGAUUCUGUCCAUUUUGGAUCAACUACAGCUAAACCCCCAGCCUCCUGUGGCAGUCCUUCCUCUGGGAACAGGAAAUGAUCUUGCAAGAACCCUGAACUGGGGUGGGGGAUACACAGAUGAGCCUGUCUCUAAGAUCCUGUCACACGUAGAAGAUGGUAACAUUGUGCAGCUGGAUCGGUGGAACCUGUACGUGGAGAGAAAUGCUAGCGCAGUCCCUGAUGAGCGCGAUGAAACUGCUGCUGAGAAGCUCCCCCUCGAUGUCUUCAACAACUACUUCAGCCUUGGAUUUGAUGCCCAUGUGACUCUGGAGUUUCAUGAAUCCCGAGAGGCCAAGCCAGAGAAAUUUAACAGUCGCUUUAGAAACAAAAUGUUCUACGCUGGGACGGCAUUUUCCGAUUUCUUAAUGCGAAGCUCCAAAGAUUUGGCCAAACACAUCAAAGUGGUGUGUGAUGGGACAGACCUGACCUCGAAAAUUCAAGACCUAAAGCUUCAGUGCAUUGUAUUUCUGAACAUUCCAAGGUACUGUGCGGGCACGGUGCCAUGGGGAAAUCCAAGCGAACAUCAUGAUUUUGAGCCGCAGCGUCAUGACGAUGGUUACAUCGAGGUCAUUGGCUUCACCAUGGCAUCGUUGGCUGCUCUACAAGUUGGAGGACACGGGGAACGGCUCAACCAGUGCCGUGAAGUGACACUAACAACGUACAAGUCAAUCCCGAUGCAGGUGGAUGGGGAGCCAUGCAAGCUUGCGCCCUCAGUCAUUCGCAUUUCACUGCGGAAUCAGGCAAAUAUGGUCCAGAAAACCAAGAGGAGGACGUCCAUUCCGCUGCUUAAUGAUCAGCAGACAGUACCUGAGCGGCUGAAGAUACCAGUGAAUCGGAUCAGCAUGCAUGACUAUGAAGCUUUGCACUAUGACAAGGAGAAGCUAAAAGAAGCUUCGGUGCCCCUUGGUAUCAUUGUCAUCCCUGGCGACAGUGAUCUGGAGAUCUGCCGCACCCAUAUUGAAAGGCUUCAGGAGGAUUUACCCCUGGUUCAUCCCUCCCUCCAGCGUUUGGUGCUGCAGGAGGAUGAUGGCACCAAGUCUAGAACCUUGUCUUCACAGAAGUUGUCACCUAAAUGGUGUUUUCUGGACUCCACCACUGCUGACCGAUUUUACAGAAUAGAUCGAGCACAGGAACACUUGCAUUACGUGACUGACAUUUCCCAAGAUGAGCUCUUCAUCCUUGAUCCAGAGCUUGUAAUCACUGAGACAGUGGGCACCUCCCCAGGAAUGCCUGAUUUAGUUGGCUCACCUGACUCCUUCACCUUUCCAUCGUGCUCCUCUUCACCACCGUUAUCACCUGUUCCAAGAAUUUUGGAUUUGCAGAAAGCCUCCCAGAGGAAGCGUAUUUCUAGCGACAGUUCGGUUGCUGAGGCGCUCGCCCACAGUGAGUCGCUCAGAGUCUCAAAGCCUUUGCUCAGCAGGACAGGUGCCAAGAUAGCCAGUGUGCAUCGAUCGAACACAACAGCAGCAGACUUUAAACCAACAUCCUUGCCGACGUUGACACAGGGACCAUUGCCAAGCCAGGCAGCAGCACGAGCUGAAAAGCCUGCCACAUCCUGUACAGAUGAAAGUCUUCUUCACGCAGUGAAGAACAAUGACUUGCGGCAGUUACGGGAAUUGCAUAAAUCCGGGGCUGAUCUAAUGUUUCGCGAUUCUGAAGGCCGCACCUUACUGUAUCACGCUGUCACCGUGGGAAGCAAAGAGAUUGUGAAAUAUAUCCUUGAUAAUGCCUCUCCAGAGAUACUGGAUUUAACAGAGAAGGAGAAUGGUGAGACGGUCCUACACAAAGCAGCUGCACUCCGACAUCGAACCAUAUGCCACUUUCUUGUGGAAGCUGGUGCUUCACUAAUGAAGACUGAUUUGCAGGGCGACACACCGAAAAACAAGGCAGAGAAGGCCAUGGAUCUGGAGCUGGCCGCAUACCUGGAGAACCGGCAGCAUUACCAGAUGAUUCAGCGAGAGGAUCAGGAGACGGCUGUGUAAUGUUGGCGAGGAGCUGAUGGCCAAUCUCCACCCCACCUUCUUCACCCGCUCCCCAAAGACUGCAUGCCUGCUGCCAUUUGUGACAACAUGGCUCUGUGGUGACUCCACCAUCGGCCAGCCUCUGUGUGUGUGUGUGUGUGUGUGUGUGUGUGCGCGCGCGUGCGUGUGUGUAUGUUUGUUUGUGUGUGUGUAUAUUUUUAAAAUUCUUGGCUAAACCCACACCCUGGAGCAAACGGGUGCCAAAACCAAAACUGACAACAUGGCAGUCACUGGGUACCAAACAACGGUUGAUGGUAACUAUGGUAACAGUCUGCCAGGUUGAGCCUCACCAGUGCGAAGGGUGGAUAGGCAAAGUUGAUGGCUUCUAUUGAAGUUAGCUACUUGUGGUGAUGCGUCGGCACUCAUGUUUACUUUGUGCUGUUUAAAUUGCACGUUACGUGGUUACACCGCGUAGCCCCUAUCUAUUUCUUUAGCUGGGGUAUGCCCAGUGCUGUUUUUGCUGCUGAGACAGUAGCAACUCGAGAAUUAGUAUAAAAAAAGAUCCAAGGUUAAUGCUCACUACUUUGUAAAGGGCAAUUGUACUAUAGUACAAGCUGAAAAUAUUAAUAUGGAUCUGACUUCUCUAUUUUAUGGCUGUAUUUUUAAGAGAAAACUGUGUGGAAAAGUAUACUUUUUUGUGCACAUUGGAACUUUUAAACGUGAGGAUAAUGUUUAGUGUUAAUUUGAACGAUGUCUACUGCAAACUCACUGGAGUCUAAAAGGCAGUCUGAUCAGGCUUUUGUAAUGUUUACAGUGCAGUGUGAGUGGAGAAGGGAAUAGGGAUGGGUAGUUAUAAUAAAUAUCCAUUCUUAAUCACCAGGGGAUUCUGGUGGGAGGUGGGGGAGGUAUAUGUUGUCAAUCAUGUCUAACAUGAUUUGAAAGGGGUGAGACUGAGAAAUGGAACGGUAAACAUCUUACAUCCCGGCCUCACCUACCAACUAAAGACUUUGCUUACUGGUGAGAGAUGAGAUCAGCUAAAUCCAUCCCCAUCUUACAGAUAUUUACAAGUACCCUUAAUUGCAUUGUUUUGUUUUAAACAAACCCAAGUUGUUACUUUCACCCAGGCAUUCGGGUAAAAAGUGCAUGGAUUUCUAAAACUGCAGGUCCCCAUAUUUUUCAGGCACCUGUAGGCUGUUUUAGUAAGAAAGCUGUCCAAUUCAGCAAGGGUUCUGUAAAGAGGGUACCCUUUGUUUAAUCUCAGUUAAUGAAUGAAAAUAUGAGCCCCUGAUUUAGCUUAGUGCUGAGGCCUUCAUUAUGAUUAUGUCCAAAAGAAGGAUUUGUAGAGAGUUGCUAUCAGCUGCCCUGAUGGCUCAGUUGGUUGAAAUACAUCGACCAGUGUGGUCCUGAGUCCUACAGACUAGGCAGGCCCCAGGUUCUGUGUUUAGUCUGUGCUGACAACUCAUCAAAUCUAACACAGUGGGUCUAAUAUCCCUAAGCAAGCAGGUGGAGGCUGAGGGGCAAGCUUCAAAGAAUCUUUCAUUUCCUGACCAUUCCAAGAACUGUAGUCAAUGUCCCUUCCCUAGCAGCCAUCUACAGUAUGACCUAAUUUGGACAUCAUAGGCAGUGUGCAAACAAUCUGGCCAAGUAAAUGGAUUAUUUAAUUAUAGAUUCCCCUGUUACUGCACAGCCCCUGUACAUCAUGGCUAUUUUUAAAAUGUAUUCCUUUGUUCUGCUACAUCUAUCUAUCAUCUUCAAAAUGAAAAUAUGGGAUGCUAUGGCAAAAGAUAAAACGUUAGGCAACUUUUAAAAUCCCAAUUGGAGCAAUUUUUUAUAAAGAUUGAACAGUUUGAAGUGUAACUUAAUCAGCUCCGAAGGGCAUUAAUCCAUCAGAAAGCAAUCAUAAUACUCAGGCUAAAUAGUCUGAAGGUAGCAACCUUAAAAUAUUAAAACCCUUCUCCUUGUAUUUUCUUUUGCUAUGAAAAGCUAAUUUUCUGUCUUGCAGUCUUCACAAGCUUUUCCUGUGACACCAAAAUUAUAAAUGAUCAGAACAUGUACUUGAAGUUUCCAAGUGGUCAUUCAGCAACAUUGGAGACCCUUAAAUUCACCUUAACUUUUCUGUACUCCUUUCAGAUUUUCUCACAAGCCAUCUCUGAGAAGCUUUUGAACAUUCUUCCCUAUCUUUAGGUUGGAACAUUUCUGUUUGUUUUUCUCACCUCUGUGAAGAUCCUUGAUAGAUCCCUUUAUUUCGAAGGUUCUCCAUAAAAGCAGAUGGCUGUUACUGUUGAAGAAAGGUAAUGCUAGUGGAAAGCUAGUGACAAGGAGCCACCCUGUCAUCAGUCACAGGCAGAUACCUUUAGAUUAUGCAAGUCUUAAGCCAUGAUACCCAUCAGUCUCAAUUUCAAAAAGGUUUCCUUUGUGAAAGCUUAGCGUAAUGUGGUGGAUACAGAAUAGAAGAACUGAUUUAUAUAAAAAGCGCACUCAGCCUAUUACACUGAUACUGUAUGGUUGAAUGUGUUGGGUAUUAGAAAGAUCUUAACUCAAUUUUCCUUUCAAAAUAUCCAACUAAUUGGAUGUUUAGCUCUGAAGAUUCUGGUAAUUGGUUUAGAAUAAUAUAUAUUGUAUGACUUGACAUCAGCUGAACACCAAGAUAGUACUGCUAUAAGGAUAAAGAAAUUUUUCAUUGCAUCGAAGUAUUAAGGGAAAGGAACCCUGGCUUUCUGGAGGCAAUUUAUUGGGGAUGGGAAAAUGAUGUGGGAUAUGCAAUGGGCAGCAGAACCAGUACCGAUAUUUUUACACUGUUGCCAAAAAUAAACUCACCUCAGUGUCAAUACUCAAAACGAAUGGUUUAAAUAACAACAAUAAAGGUUUACAGACUCUCUCUGAUCUUACCUGGAAAACUAGCACACGACCAGGAAGAAGGGAAGAACUGAACCCUCUGCCACACUGUCUUUGAAGCUGUCAUCCAGGAUUGUAGACAAGACAGAGAAAGUGAUGCUCCACAUGAACAGAGUGGAGACCGGCUGCUCCAUUCUCUGCUGUCAACUGUGUAAAUAGGUUUCUUUGAACAAAACAAAGUCUGUCUGGUUGUAAAUUAUCCAGGAUAGUACAGAUAUUGUAAUAUUCCUGUGAGAGUCUCUUGAUGUGUUUCUGUGACAUUUCUGUGUGUAUAAUAGCUUAACUAUGGGCCCCACUUUUGUAGAUUGGUAUAUCUUCAACCAUUGGCAGUUGUUUUUAUAUUUGCAGUUUGUGUGUGUGUAUGUUUCUGAAACAGAUACCUUGAUUUGCCUCGUGUCGAAUGAGUUGAUGCAACCACGUUGUUCCUACUUGAAACUGUGAACCAAGUCCCAGCGUGUUCCUCACUGGCUCAUUGUGAAGCUUUCCAGUCAGUAGACCAUGUAGCACAGCAUGUUCUUAGCACCAGAGUAGAUAUUGCAGGUGAAGGGAUUGAUUCAGGCAAACUGAACACCAUGCUUUCCAUUAUCUUCUUCACACCCCCCUCCCCCAAUGCAAAAUGGGCUGGCAAUUGGAAGGCAGGAGAAGUGUUACAUGUGGAAUUUGUUGCUGGUUACUGAAGCAUUGCUCCCAGUUUGAUAACUGUAACCUGAUAAUUACAGUGGAUGAUAUUGUUGGAUGAAUGUUGACACAUUUUUAUUAAAUUCCUUAGUAUCCUGUCUCAAUGCAGACAAUAAUCCAAUGCAAAAUAAAAGCUGACAAAGAAAUUAAGUGCAAAUAUGUCACACCAUGGCUAAUACUCAUAAAAAAGAGAAUCUAAGUGAUAUGUUUGAAAUGGAGUUUCUGCCCUCAGUACUAUAUAUGAUGUCCCAAUUUAGUCUUUUUUGUUGUUUUAAUAAUGUAUUUUAUUCCCAUUUAAAUGUCUUUGAUUCCCAAACUCAAACAUGCGAGGAAAUGAUUGGUAUAUGUGCUGAAGACUGUGGCGAAGGGGAUGGUAAACAAUUGGCGGAGAUGAAGCCUAGAGAGAAAGAACAGCAGUUGGACAGACAAAGGAAUGGAUGACAAUAAACCCAAGAGAAAGAAAAGCGGCGAAUGGGCACCAUUAGUGGGUGAAAAUGGGUUGGCUGUGCUGAAAGCAGACCAUGUGAUGGCAAAGCCUGGGGUGUGAGGGCUGGGGUAUGGACUUGGGAGAAGGACCAGGAAUGAUGAAGGGCUUUUGUCCAAAACGUCGAUUUUGUUGUUCCUGGGAUGCUGCCUGACCUGCUGUGCUUUUCCAGCACCACUCUAAUCUUGAAUCUAAUCUCCAGCAUCUGAAGUACUCACCUCCACUUUGGGAGAAGGUGCUGAGGCUCUAAAAUAAUUGAAAUUGAUAUUGAGUAGUGAAGGCUGCAGGGUUCCCAAGUGGAAAGUAAAGUGACAUUGUUCCAGUUUGUGCUGACUUCACUGGAGCACUGCAGUGAAACGGAGAUGAUGGCCAAUGUCCACCAUGUUUCCAUUUGUGUCAUGGGUUUUUGUUUUUUUUUUGCAAUUUUCAGUCCAUUUAUCCUGUGAAAAGUUUCCUACACAAUCAGAUAUAUAAUGUUUGGAAAUAAGUGCAUCUCCUUUCCUGAGAUGUUGGAAAAGGGGAAGAAGAUGACAAAAAUUGGAACAGCUUGGAAAAGGGGAUUCAAUAAAGACAGCUGGAGUUGGAAGUUAGAGUGGAACUGUAUGUAGAGAAGCUGCAUUGCUUCUGGAAUCGAUCAAAUUCAGACUGUACUAAUAAGACACAAAGUUCUUCCACUGUAUUCCUGAGUAAGUGAGCAGAGCAGUUUUAAUCAUUCAGCACUAAUUAGGAACGUUAUUUAAAAGAGACCAAUGUCUGGUUGUUAGAGGAACUAAGUGGAAGGUGGAAACACACUUUAGCAUCGGAAGAACUAACAAUUAUACAGUGGAACUGAAACAUGUUUUGAGGGAAAUUGACAGCAAAUUUAAGACCAGAAGAUACAAGAGCAUUGUAGGCCAUUCAGCCCAUUGAGGCUGCCCCACCAUUCACUUUGAUCAUGGCUGAUCAGAACACCGUUGAAUCCACUUUCCUGGCUUUACCCGAUAACGUUGAUUCCCUUACUGAUUCAAAGUCUAUCUUAACCUUGAAGAUAGAACAUAAUAUCCGAAUCGGUAUUUAAACUGUCAGAUUAAAAAUCUGAUAUUCUCCCACCUGAGCUUAGAAAUGAGGGUUGAUCUAACUUAUCAUUGUACAGCAAAUCCUAAAGAGAGAAUCAUAUCUCCAAACUAACCGCCCCGCUAUCAGUGUUUCUGUAACUGAUGUGUGAAGUGCUGACAUUCAGUGCUCCACUCUCCAGUGUGACUAUCUCUUACGUUGAUGAGGGCAAAGUUUGCAACAACAAAAACCUCACCCAAAAGAAGAGAAGUUUCAAUCCCAUCCCCAAUCAUUGUCUCACUUAACUGUGAUAUCCUGAAGUGUAAAACUAGUCUCAAUCUCCCUAUAGACGCUGAGUUGGUUGUAUUGGUCUCUGUGUUGGUCACAGUGCUCCUGCUCUUGGGAGAGGAUGAAUCAGUGGGCAUCCUACUCUUUCUACUAAAAAAUGAGGUCUGCAGAUGCUGGAGAUCACAGCUGCAAAUGUGUUGCUGGUCAAAGCACAGCAGGCCAGGCAGCAUCUCAGGAAUAGUCCCUAACUAGUAAGUUCUGUAUGUGUGAGUGAAUGUGAAGAUUUGAAUUGAGCUUGUUUGUGUCAUAUUGUCUACUGACUCAUGAAUAGUGGACACUCCGUGAUCUUUCAUCACUCCCCAUAGAACAGAGCAAAAAUGUUUUGGAAAUAGUGGAAGAAUUGUCACUUACCAGGAUCUCCCAUCCUCCAAAUAGUUAGGGGUCAAAAGAAAACACAAAGGGACCUCAGAAAUGCCUCGACAUACUGAUGGGAUGGUUUGUGUCAGAAUGAAGUCUUUUUGAAUAAAGACAUGAUAAAAGGUAGCACAUGCCACAUGACCUUGGUGUGAGGAAUGGCUGUGCCAUUGCUGACUCAGUGAGCAACAAGCUGGGACCUGGUAUAAACAUCCAUUUACUGGGUUGCAUAUGAAUGGAUUUGAUUGUAUUUGCAUCAGACUGGACCAAUAAAAAGAUGCA